AUUAGCUAUCAAAGCAAUUAAUAGUUAAUCAAAACUUUAAUAUUAAAAUAUUAAUAAUCCCAAAAUUUUAAUAAUUUAAAAUUAAAAUAUUUAAUAAAUAUAACACAAUUAUAAAUUCAACAAAUUAUCGAAUUAUUAAAAAGAAAAUAAUAAAAAAAAAAAUAAAUCACUCAAUUAUUGAGUGAUUUAUAACAUGAUGAUUGAUAUUAAACCAUCACAGGAUUACUUGUCUCGUUCGACAGGAUCAUUUAGUAAUUUUUCAAUGUUAUUCGCAGAUUCUUCAUAUAAGAGCUCGUGGGGCUCCCACAGUUCAUCACAAUCACAAGGUUAUAGUUCAAAUGCAUUGGUUAGUGUUGGUGCAGGAGUUUCAAAAUCAUCAUUAGAUCCACAUACACAUUUAAGACAACCACCAGAUCCAUAUCAAAUGUUCGGUCCGACAAGCAGUAGACUAGCUAGUUCAGGAUCAGGACAAAUUCAAUUAUGGCAAUUUUUAUUGGAACUAUUAAGUGAUUCAAAUAAUGCUGGCUGUAUUACAUGGGAAGGUACCAAUGGUGAAUUUAAAUUAACUGAUCCAGAUGAAGUUGCGAGACGAUGGGGUGAAAGAAAAUCAAAACCAAAUAUGAAUUAUGACAAACUUAGUCGAGCGUUAAGAUAUUAUUAUGAUAAAAAUAUAAUGACAAAAGUACAUGGAAAACGUUAUGCAUAUAAAUUUGAUUUUCAAGGAUUAGCAGCAGCAACACAACCAGCAAGUGAUCCCACCUAUAAAUAUCAAAGUGAUAUAUUUAUGACACCAUAUCAUCAUAGUGCAAAAUUAAGUUCAUUUAUGAGUCCACAUCAUGGUAUGACAUCAUCAUCAGCAUCAAUAUUCCCAGCAUCAUCUUGGGGUAAUUGGGGCAGCCCCGCAACAAAUUUAUAUCAACCACAUUCUAUGAGUCAUGUUGGUCCAUCACAUGUGGCACCUCAUUUGAGCUCAUAUCCACAUUAUGCAUGACCAUCACCAUCUGGUGGAGGUUUUUAAUAGAAAAAAUAUUUAUCUACAUCACCAUUGUGUAUACCACCACCACCACAACCACCACCAGCACCAACAACAGGAUCAGCAGUAACAUCAAUACCAGUAACACAAUGUACAGUAGCAACAGCUACAGCAUCAGCAGCAGCAGCAGCUGUAGCCGCAGC